AUUAGGGAGCCACACGACUCGAUCUUGCUGUCGAAAGGGGUUCAAGUUGCGUAUAUGGGAGUGUUGCGAUAGAUCAGAGACCUGGUCGCAAUUAAAGCCCUAGGACGCGAACACGGCGAAGCGCGUUCAUCGGCCAGUUAGAGCUGGAUCUAGCUUGAACCUACCAAUUCAUGAUCAGAUCAAGUGUCUUAUUGCUAGAAGAUCAAACCUCAGUCAAACUUGGCCUCACAUACACCUUAAACUCCAGCAUGUCUAAACGAGUUACAGCAAGACCCUUUGGUGCUCACAACGAGGCCAUCAGGAAACAGCUCGUCUCCCCCGUCUGGGUUUGGAAGAAGGAAUGGGUGACCCCAUCCGGAGUUUCUCCGGAGAGUAGUUACAAGGUGAUGAAAUGGGUGAAGACGCAAGAGAGAGCUACUUUCGACACGUCAAUAUCAGGAGCCAGCGUCGAGGUCGAAGCGGAGGAGACGGAAGACAUCGUCAUGGAGGUCGACGAAGAUGAAGGGGACGCCGAGGUCGAGGUGGUCGAAGGUGACGCGGAAGCAGAGGCUGACGGUGAAGUCAAGGAAGAAGCCGAACCCACUUCUGCCUCUGCGGGAGAUGCUGGUGCCGAGGAUCGUGGCACACCCCUACCUGCUGGUGCUGGUAUUGAAGACCCGACCACAGCAACAUCGACGCUCAAAGCUACCGUACCCGAGUCGACCUUGACCGUCAGCGAAGAUCCGGCUACCGUCCAAGAACCCAAUAGUAACGAUGGGCUGGUUGAGAUGGAUACUGCAGGGGCGGUCGGGGUGGAGAGCGUACAGGGGCACGUUCACAUGGCGGACAACGAUCAGUCGCAACGUAAAGAGACCGAGCUGGGUCCUGAUCAGAUGCAAGUGGAACCGGAGGCAGAUAGAGAGGGAGACCUUCAGACUUCCGUGCUCGCGCCAACACAGAACCAAGACUCGUCCGAGAGCCGUGUACCCGCAGUUACGGAUGCCUCGGAGACGGCACCCCCUCCGGAACCGACUAUCCGACCGAUGCCAUCCAACGCUGUCGAGGCCACCUUCACUACACCACAAACGACUCAAUUCGGGGGUACUUCCGAUCUCGCUCAACCGGGUGAUGUGACCUUUACCGCUGCGAUGGAAACCGAAGUUCGGGAAGACGAGAGGGCGGAGAUGGAGGGUGUACGAGAACCCGGUGUUCCCCUUGGCGAAGGGGAUACGGUGGGAGUGAAUGGGGUGAUGGAAGUCGGGGAUGAAGAUAUCGUCAGGGCGAAUCAGGCGGAAGUGGGGCAAUGAAGCGGUCCGUUUUAGGACUUGGCGUCGGGGUUUCUGGGUUUGUAUUUGUAGGUCUAUCUCGAAGGACGGAUCUUUCGGAACCAUCAGACCAUUGUGUUUCAUAAUAUAGCUAUACAAUCGAUAGCAGCAGCGCGGACAUCUGCUUUCUGAUAAUAACGUGUAAUCUGCCAAGCCGAACUCAAAGCACUGACAUUUCCUCGCAGGUGCUA